AUGGAAGAUGAAAGCCAUCAAAUCAAACAAGAAAGUCUUGAAAGCCCUUGUUCUAAGAACAAAAGCUACAACAACAACAACAACAACAAUGCAAACAAUAAUAAUAAUAAUGCAAGUAAUAAUAAAGAGCAAGAUAGAUUUCUCCCAAUAGCAAAUGUAGGGAGGAUCAUGAAAAAAGUUAUCCCAAACACAGGAAAAAUCUCUAAAGAUGCAAAAGAAACUGUGCAAGAAUGUGUAUCUGAGUUUAUAAGUUUUGUAACAGGAGAAGCUUCAGAUAAAUGCCAAAGAGAGAAGAGGAAGACUAUCAAUGGUGAUGAUAUUAUAUGGGCUAUUACUACUCUUGGUUUUGAGGAUUAUGUAAAUCCUUUGAAAUUAUACCUCAACAAAUAUAGGGAUAUUGAAGGAGAGAAAGUAAAUGUUCCUAAACAACAAAGAUCAGCUGAACAAUUACAUCAACUUCCACAACAACAACAACAACAACAUGCACAAAAUCAUCAAAGGUUACUACAUCACCAUCAACAGGAUCAUCAUCAAUUUCAUCAACAAGUUGAUCAAGGUUUGUCACCUUAUGCAACUAGUGUAUAUUCUUCUGCCAAUACAUUGUUGCUUCCUCAACCAUCUUUUCCAGGACCGGAGCAACCAUAUCCUUUGCCCUUUUCACCUAAUUCCAUUCAAAAGAAUUACCAACACCAAGAGCAAAUUGAUUCAGUUGGGCAUUGGUGAAUUAAGCUAUGGAGGAAGGAACUUAUGAGUCUUUAUUACAAUUUUGAUUCUAAGUUUUUUUGGAAUUCUAUUUUGUUCUUGUUCAUUUUUUUUACUAUGAAAUAAUAGAGUUGAUACAUAAGCAUGUAAAACAGGAAAAAUAUAUAUAUAUACUUAU